AUGGGCCAUGAUGAUGCAUUGUUCGAUUAUGAUGCCGGCUUAGAGAGCACAUUGCAAGAUAUAACUGUGGAUUCAAACAGAGGUGGGCCCAUUGCUGCACCUAUGUUAGGCUUGGAUGAAAAGGUCACAAUCACUAAGCAGCGACGAUCUACUGUCAAGCUGGAUGAGGGCCGAUUACUGUCACAAGCCGGCAUACCAAAACUGCGUUCUACGGCGAAGUCUAAAUUGAAGUUCAAAGGGAAAGGACAUGAGUUUUCGGACGCCGCUCGACUAUUAAACUUCUACCAACUAUGGCUCGAUGAUUUGUUCCCUCGCGCGAAGUUCGCUGAUGGAUUGGCUAUCAUAGAGAAACUGGGUCAUUCGAAACGCUUGCAGACGAUGCGACGAGAAUGGAUAGACGAGGAAAAGCCGAGACUCCCCGCAACCGACAUCGAAGAUGCGCAACAAACGGGGUUCUCGGCUCCACAUGUCCAUGACAAUAGUAUGUCUAUUAGGCAUCUAAAUGAAGCCGACGCGAUUUUUGGCCAAGGAGAUAGCGUGGCACAGUCGCCUCCCACACAUGGCAUCGGAGCUCAGCCAUCCUCACUUACGCUAGGAGACGCUCCUCAGCAGGGAGAUUUGUUUGUGUCGGAUGAUGAGAGUGUCCCAAGAGAAAUCAUAGAAGGUACUCAUGAUAAUGAUGAUGAUGAUGAUGAUGAUGAGCUGGAAGCACUUCUUCGCGAGCACGAGGAUAGCAUUAUUGAUAAUCAUAAUCUGGCAGGACCAGAUGCAUGGGCUUGA